AUGCAAGCCGCCCUAAAGCCGUCUCGUGAGCUCCUCGUCGCGGCGGGCGAAUCCCCGGCCACCAUCCGCGUCAACAACAUCCGCGGCGUCGUGCAAGGCCCCCGCGACGCCUGGGGCCGGCGGAACCGUCCGCAGCCCGUCUCCGUCUCCGUCACGGUGUGCAUGAGCGAGGGCUUCGGGGCGACGCCCGCCGGCGACGCGCUCGCCUCCGACACCGUCCACUACGGGCUCCUCAGCAAGGCCGUCCUGUCGACCCUCGCGCGCCUGGGCGCGGACCAGAACCCCGACCGGGCGGCGGGGCUGACGCUCCCGGACGUCGUGCAGCGCGUCUGGGCGGACCUCACUGGGCUGGACGACGCCUCCGGUGCCGGCGCCGCGGCGUUUUUGAACCUCUCCUGCGUGCGGAGCCUCGAGGUGACGGCCCGGCUGGACAAGGCGACUCUCCAAGGCGACGGGGUGAGCUUGGCGCGCGCGGGCGUCUUUGCCCAGUCCGAGCUGGUGAUGCGGGGGUCGACGCUCAAGCUGCACGGCUUGCGGGUCCCCGCCUUGAUCGGCGUCAACGGCAACGAGAGAGAGGCCCGGCAGGCCGUGGUCGCGGACGUGGCUGUGGAGAGGUUCGACGAGGCGCACGACGCCUACUGCGAUUUGGAAACGGUCGUUGUCAAGGUAAUGACGGACUCGGCCUUUGAAACCAUAGAAGCCCUCGUGGCUGAUCUCGCCGCUCAUAUCACCGCGCACCUGGUCGGCAGUUACGGACGCUGCAAGGACGAGCACGGCUGGCAUCUCAGGAUCGGGGUCGAGAAACCCAUCGCGGUGGUCUUUGCCGAUGCGCCCUGCGUGGAGCUGAGCGUAAACACGAACGACGUCGGGCCAACCAGGCGUGAGACGCGACCCCUUUAA